CUUUCACUGACUGUGACACAGGAAUGUCCUUCCCUGGCGCCUUGGAUGCUCACGGGUAAUAAAUCCUCAAUCAGCCACUGGACCAGUACGAGCUCGGGAGUGGAUGACGACAGACAGUUCCUCAGCAAGCCCUGAGUUGGCUGACCUCAGUGCAAAGACCAGACCUUGUUUAGGGUGAAUGUGAAGGAGAUUUGGAGAGCUGUGGCCCAGAGGCAUUUACAUUUCUGCGAUGUCAAUGAAACGAGCGGACGGGAUGUCCAUCGCCCAGGCCUUGGCCAUGACUGUAGCGGAGAUACCUGUGUUUCUGUAUUCCACAUUUGGGCAGUCUAUAUUUUCUCAGCUAAAGCUCACCCCAAGCUUGAAGAAGGUGCUGUUUGCCACAGCACUGGGCAGUGUCGCUCUGGCUCUCACCGCUCAUCAGCUGAAGAGGAGGGGGAGAAAAAGGAAGCAGGUGACACAGGGAAAGGAGGGCCAGAAGACGGUGGGAAUACCUGAGGCGCUGUUGAAGACAGGAAGACCCUCGUCAUUAAAGAGAGGCCAGUUUACUGGCCGACAGAUGAUGAGUCCAAGCACUCGGAGCAAUGACACCAUGAGUGGAAUUUCUUCCCUGGCCCCCAGUAAACACUCGAGUUCCUCACACAGCCUGGCAUCUAUGCGAGUCCCAAGCUCUCCGAAUCAGUCUGCCAAUCCAUCCACCCCCUGGGAAACAGAGCCUGUGGUGGAAGAGUCCAGUGCGAUAGAGGAUGCAAAUGCAGAGAAUCUCUAUAUAAUGGGGAUGGAGCUGUUUGAGGAAGCUCUGCGAAAGUGGGAACAGGCCCUAAAUAUUCGCCAUCACACCCAUUCGACCUCCAGCAACAACAGCCUGGCUCUGCUGGGGGCAACGUCUGGAGAAUUGCCUGUGGCUGAACCUCGUAAUAAAGUGUUUGCUGAGAAGCUGGAGACACUACUGCACAGGGCGUACCACCUACAAGAGGAUUUUGGCAGCAGUAUCCCAACAGACAGUGUCCUGGCAGAUUUCGUCAGAGUUUCUGGUGUUCCUUUGGCAGAGAGUGAAGGAACUCUUAUCUUGCCUCAAGUGGAGAGUUUCCACAGACUGCAAGAUGAUGACGCGACUACUGUUACCUCUGACGACUCCUUCUUCUCGGCUGCAGAGCUGUUUGAUGCCAUGUCUCUAGAAGACGUCUACCAGCCAAUGAAGCCAGCAGCUCUCUAUGAAGAAGCCUUGUCUCUGGUCCGGGAGGGUAAAGUGUCCUAUAGGUCCUUGAGGACUGAAUUACUUGAAUGUUAUGGUGACCAAGACUUCCUUGCCAAGCUUCAGUGUGUGAGACAAGCAUUCCAGCUCCUGUUGUUAGAUGAAACUCACCGCACAUUUUUCAUGGAGACCGGGAAGCAAAUGAUUGCAGGUUUAAUGGUGAAGGCAAACAAGAGCCCCAAAGCCUUCCUGGAGAGCUAUGAGGACAUGCUGCUUUACACUCAGAGAGAGGAAACGUGGCCCAUCACUAAGAUGGAGCUGGAGGGCCGAGGGGUGGUCUGCAUGAAUUUUUUUGACAUUGUGUUGGACUUCAUCCUGAUGGACGCGUUUGAAGACCUGGAGAGCCCUCCGUCCUCUGUGGUAGCUGUGUUGCGGAACCGCUGGCUCUCUGACAGCUUUAAAGAGACGGCACUGGCAACUGCUUGCUGGUCGGUCCUAAAAGCGAAGAGGCGUCUUCUGAUGGUUCCUGACGGUUUUAUCUCCCACUUCUAUGCCAUAUCAGAACACGUGAGCCCGGUUUUAGCUUUUGGGUUUUUGGGACCCAGGCAGCACCUAAGUGAAGUAUGCACAAUUUUCAAGCAACAAAUCGUGCAGUACCUUAAGGAUAUGUUCGAUCACGACAAGGUCCGCUUCACCUCAGUUCAGUGCUUGGCCGAGGACGUCCUGAACCUUUCCCACCGCCGCAGUGAGAUUUUAUUGGGGUACCUGGGAAUCAAUAGCCUUCUGGAGCUCAAUGGUGCCCUGCCCAGAGACACAGAGGGCUCCUCAGGGCCCAACUAAGACAAGAUAAGGACUUCACUGGGCUUGAACAGGCCGAAUGCAGUGAGCUGACCAGUAGGGAACGUAAAGGACUCGCAGCUCAACACUCAUUCUGUAUUAAGAGUGGAUAAAAUAAUGCUCCUGUGACACACAGAGAACCAGCAUCAUUCAUUCGUGUUCAUCAAACACAACCUAAUGUGAGAGGAUCUAAUCCACCAGAUCUACAGCGGUAUCACUGGUACUAAAGAGGGAGAACGGUCAGAUAAUAUGAUUCCAUCUCUCCCUUGUUAUCAGCUGCUGUGUUGCGUAUCAAAAAUGCCUACUAUAGUCAUGUAAUCUCAGACGUGCAAGGACUUGUCUCUCUGCCUUGUUUGGUGACAUGGAUACUUCCUAAAAACACACCUGGGUGAAGCGCUCCCAACACGUGAAGAACUAUCGCUCCACACGGAUCAAGUCUUUUUGGGGAGCUUGCGGUCACAUCGUAAAUUUCCAUUCAUUAGACUUGCGGGAUUAUGAGUCUUCAUUGUUAUGUGAAAAGAAAUGGUGUGAGAGUCUGUCGACAUUGUGAGUGUAUGUUUUAUAUAAAAAGGUGAAGGAUGUUUGAUAAAACCGUGAAAAUUCCCGACAAGCUUGGCCAGCUGAAGACUUGUGAUGGACAUAAUGGAUUUGUCUCUUUACCAAAUUGGUUUUGAAUCCUUUUUAAUCUGAAGAAAUACUUGCUCCAACAUGAUUUAAUUGAGCAGGCAUAUCCAAAAGAAAUGCAAAAACAUGCACAAUUAGUGAAGGGUGCUAAUAUGUUACUGAUAUGUAAGUUUAACUCUCCCAAAGCUACAUUUUGAUCCCAGACCACAGCUGUUCAUCCAGCUGAGAUGAAAGUCUUACUUUCUCUAAGUCACAAUGAUCCAUCAGUUUUUUUAUCUGGUAAUGGAUGACAUGAAAUAAGUUUUAGGUGCCACUGAGGCACACAAAAAAAGACUUCAUACAACCAGUAACACAAUAGCAGGUGUGAAAGCAUCUGUCAGAAUACCAUCACACCGGUGAUUGUUGUCAGCAUGCAAAUGUCUCAAAGGGUGUAACACAUGAGUGCUCUCAGGGAGUAAUAAGUAACAUUACAACUUGAAAUCAAUAUUCGGAAAUGCAUUAUUUAUUAACUAACAAGUUAAAUGUUUUUUUGUUUUUUGUUUCUUUAAAUGCUAACAAUAAAUGUAUUUAUUGCUUCCAAAUAUUUGGGUUUAAAUUGUACAACUUGCUAAGCUUUAAUUGCCCAAAUUUAAAAAAAUAAAUAAAACAAAAUAGUGAUUUUUUUCUUUAGGGAGGAGCACCAAAACACAAGUUAAUUGAAGAUAAAAAUCAACAUUUUCAAUGUAAGACAAAAGUAAAGUAAUCUAAAAAUACUAUUUAUUGAUUGUAAAAGAGUAAGAGAUUAGUGGAUUAGAAAAAAAACUGCUGUUUUCACUUAAUGGGAUUCAUUUUUUCACAGCUGGCAUUUUGACUUGUCAUGGUAGGAAAAGCACAGGUGCUACUUAAAGCAGUAAUAAUAAAUGUAUUUAUUCAAGUGUCCCAGUAAGCUGUGACAGAAAGCCAGUAUGCACAAUAACCAGUAGGCUGAAACUGAAGCAGCUAAAUGGCAUUCAGACAUUUUUUUUCCACCUGUGCUUUUCCUAAUGUGACCUGUCAAAACGUCCUCAGUGAUAAAAGCCUACUGGUGUGUUGACAUAGCGCACAGUCAUCAAACACCGUCAGAGACUUUUGUAAAAAAAAACAACACCACAGUCUUAGUGUUAUAAUUGAUUAUGUGGAUAUUUUACAUCACGAUAAACAUACUAUGUGUCACUUGCUUUCUUCCAGGCACAUUUAAAAAUUGACACGAGUUCUGAAUCCAACAGUGCCAUGAACUAUUCUAAGUGAGGAUGUUGUUUUAUUAUAUGAAGGCCUGUGAUGAAGAAUCGGGCAUUGUACAGUCAGAUUACACAAGUGCACUGAUGACGACCCCGACUUCUCUUUGUUUUCCCAAUACUGUGGACUUGUUGGAGCUCAGAGAGACCCUGAGGGGGCACUAAGAUGCCAAGUAACACAUGGGUAAAACUCCACUAUUGUUAAAGCAGAAAUAUGUUAUGCAGACUGCUUAUUUAAGAAACUGUCAUAUACUAAAUUAUCUAAAUAAGAUGUGAUAAAGAGAUUAUUUAUUUACGAUGGCAGUAUGUAUGCUCUUAUGGUUGCCUGUCGAAUGAGGAAAAAAAAGGGAAGACGAUUCUGUGGAAUCAUCUUUGUUUUUCAGAGAUCUUUCAAUAGUUUUAUCAUACGAAUUAGCAGCACUUUGUUAUUCAUAAUCAUCUGAGCGCGUCUUGUGGUCUUGAUAAUCCAAAUCCUGCUCUUGUUGCAACACGCUCCUGAAAUUCAGAGCUUAGAAAUGUUACAUGUCGCAAUGCCAUUGUGUUCUCCUUCAAAGAGUCAGCAUUGUGGGAUUAUUUCUGUUUCUGUCUUAGCAUUUACCUCCAACUGUAAAUAGAGCUUUUCCUUAUUUUGACAGGUGUGCAGCUUUGUGAUUUUGAAGCAUUUUGCACUUUAUCAGAAAAGCAGAAAGAUUUAGGAGUGUAUGGCAACCCUUUUGAAAAAGUUUGAGGGUUUAACUAUACAAACGUUGAAUUAUUUAGUGCAUUGUAAACCUGACAUAUUAUAGAUACCUUAGAGCAUAAAAACUGUACAGUAGAGAAACUAUAUUUCCCAGAAAACUAUAACAUGAAGAUGGUUUAUUCUGGUUACUUUCCAAAGUUUAAUGUCCAAAUUCUUCUGUUUUAGCUUUUGACCGUGUGGUCCAGUCCAUUCUCCCAUGUUUCAGCCCUGUUAUUGUAGAUUAUCAAGUAUAUUUGUGGGUAAAUGCAGUUGUGAAAAAAAGCUAAUAUUUCAUCCUGUCAUCACAUAAUGGCCUGCUUCUUGUGUCCUGAGAGCAGAUGGUCAGAGAUGAAUCCCUCUGCAUAUUAACAUUGUAGAUCUUCUGAAAUGUAUCAGUCAUUUAGAUUCCAAACUCAGCCCUAGUCGUUAGUUUUGAAGAUCCAAAUUAGUAAUAAGCUAAAGAAGUUAACUUAAAAUCAUCUGACACUCAAAAUCCAGGCAUGGACUCCUCUACUUAGUGUAUUUUCAAUAGAUUAUAGUUAUGCAAGGAUUUCAGAUGGCCAAAAUGGAUAAAGAACGAUUUUCUGUUUUUGAAAGUCACUGCUGUACAUUACAAGUGUCUAUUCUAUUCAUGCCUUUUGUCUUUUCUAUUGUUGAAUUACAAUGCCAGCACAAACUGUAAAUUGAUUUUGAUUCUCCAUAUUAAAUGUUAUUUUUUGUUAUUAAACAAUAUGUUUAUUAUGCCUUUUCCCAACUGA